AUGGUGCGGGAGCAGCUCAUCGUCAGUGCUGUCUCGUUCUUGCAAGACCCAUCUGUGGCUUCAGCCCCCGUCGAUCAACGCAUCGCUUUCCUCCGAUCCAAGAACUUGACCCAAGAAGAAAUCGACCUUGCUCUCCAACGCGCCGGCUCAGAACCUNCCCUCCUCACACCCGCAACAAUCACAAGUCCAACAAUACCAGUCUCCGCCACCUCAACAAUACAGCCAAAAUGCAUACUGGCAACAACCUCCCCACCGCCCCCAGAACUCCCACGACGCGACUGGCGCGAUUGGUUCAUCAUGGCCACCGUAGUGGGCGGCUUGGGUUUCGGCGCCUACACCGUCGCAAAAAGGUACAUCUACCCUUUGAUCGCACCUCCAACACCCCCGCAACUCGAGCAAGACAAAGCUGCCGUCGAUGCCUCUUUCGACAAGGCUUUUGCUCUGCUAGACCAACUCGCAACAGACACCCAAGACCUCAAAGCCUCCGAGCAAGCCCGCACCGAAAAACUCGACACCGCCCUCUCGGAAGUCGAAUCCGUGAUCAGCCAACUCAAAGACGCAAGCCGCAGACGCGACGACGAAGGACGCCGUCUAAACGACGAAAUCCGCGGUUUGAAAGACAUGAUCCCUGCAGCCAUGGAAGCGCAGAAGAAAUCCGCUGAUCAGCGCUUGACUGAUUUGGCUACUGAGAUGAAGAGUCUAAAGACGCUGAUUAAUAACCGCGUGUCGGCUCCAGCACCGAGAAGUCCUAAUCCUUCUGCUGCUGCGUUUAACCCUACUACGCCGAGCGCAAAUACUACAGCAGCACCUGAAGCCUCUCCUGCUGCAGCAGAACCCGUCACGCCUGCUGCGGAGACGAAGUCCUCGGUGCCGGAUCGUUCAUCCACAUCUAGCCCCUAUGGCCGCUCAAUGAACGGACGAGCCGCCAUCCCCGCAUGGCAAUUAGCAGCCAACAAAAAGACCCAGGAGGCAAAGGAAAAGAGCGGUACCGUCGAGACUCCUGCCGAAAACCCUGCUGCUUGA